ACGGUUUUAUUCAUUUGUUGUUUGAAAAUGCACAGUUAGACGUUGUGUAGCGGUCCGUGAGUGGUGUCUAGAGUUCAGGUAGUUUUGCACAAAGUCUAACUUCUAAUUAAUAUUCUGUACAGUUAAAAUUGCGUGGAUUUGGUUCAUUUUUUGGUUCCAAUUCAUUGGAGUUUACGACUUAUCAAAUGUGCUACUAGAACCUUUACGUAUUUCUUUGAACAUUAGUACUUCUACGACAUGUAGAAAGUAAUUCACAUUGCUAAAUAAGGAUUCUUUAGCCUUGUUUUCGAUUUGCACUUUUUUCUAGAAAAAAUAAAAGUCACCUGAAAUCGAAAAAAUAACAUUUGGCAAUAAAACUGUAGAUAAGAAAUUCUGAUGUAUAAGUAGUGAAUACAAUUGACGGGACUGCGAUUGACAAACAGAGCAGACAUUACCAACAGAUUUCACAAUUAUACAAGUAGACAUCUGUUACAUAUCUCUUCAGCUUCAUUAUCAAACAAAUAAAAAAUAAUAAUUUCUUAAUAUUUAAAACACAAUGUCUGUGCUAGAGCAACGGAAUAAUAAAAUAAAAUUAUUAAAGCAAAAUAGAAAAACGAUAUUAACGAUGUCAUCAUCUUCAGAACAUGAACUUGACAACGAAGAUAAAAAUAUAAUUCAAUUAAUACACGAGAUGCCAAUGGAAAAUACUAACAGAGAAAUGGAAUACAGACAUUAUACAUUGCAGAAUACCGAAAUGCUUUAUGAAACAGCAUACUAUAUACCUAUUAUCCAAUUUAUCUCAUAUCCACCAAUCAGCGAUAUUAAUGUCACCCUCUAUCCUAGCGAGAUUUCGGAAAACAUUGCACACGAGCCACACUUGCUUAUCUUUCCAAACACAUUCAACAGUCAACAUCAACCCAUAACUAGUAAUGAAACCCAAGAAGCCGUUGCAGCACCAGCACCUGCGAUGAUAGCCAAUGAUACUGAUGUGUCAAGUAACAAUGUAUCGCAGAAUUAUAAAACUCAUGAAAUUGCGUCAAUCAAACAACUUGUACCAACUCACAAUCAGCCGCAGACUUUAAUAGAGUUAAAUUCUGACGUAUUAGAAACAGACUCAAUGUCAAUGACAACUUCGACAGUUUUACCUUCCACAUCCGUAAAGAAAGAUGAUAAAACGGAUGCUGAAUGCAUCAGGAAAUGUGACUGCACUUCUAAUUGCAAUGACACUUUGUGUAACAGUAAAAUUAGACAUUCAAGUAAUAGUAAACAUAAAUUUUACAUAAUUUGUCCUGUAAAAAAAUGUCAAAAGUUAUUUCAUUCGAAGUCCAAAUUGAAAACACAUAUGAGGUCUCAUACCGGUGAAAAACCAUACGUCUGCACAUGGGAGAACUGCGGUAAAAAAUUCAGUCAGAAGGGCAAUCUGAAAUGUCACUACCGCUUGCACACUGGCGGAGAUGUACAUGAGUGCAAAAUAUGUUUUAAAGAGUAUUCGACAAAAGGUAAUUUAAAAGUACACGAAAAAAGUAUGCAUAAUAUGCAUAAAGGAUCACAAAAUAGAAAAUCGAUAUUAACGAUGUCAUCACCUUCAGAACAUGAGCUUGACAACGAAGAUAAAAAUAUAAUUCAAUUAAUACACGAGAUGCCAAUGGAAAAUACUAACAGAGAAAUGGAAUACAGACAUUAUACAUUGCAGAAUACCGAAAUGCUUUAUGAAACAGCAUACUAUAUACCUAUUAUCCAAUUUAUCUCAUAUCCACCAAUCAGCGAUAUUAAUGUCACCCUCUAUCCUAGCGAGAUUUCGGAAAACAUUGCACACGAGCCACACUUGCUUAUCUUUCCAAACACAUUCAACAGUCAACAUCAACCCAUAACUAGUAAUGAAACCCAAGAAGCCGUUGCAGCACCAGCACCUGCAAUGAUAGCGAAUGAUACUGAUGUGUCAAGUAAAAAUGUAUCGCAGAAUCAUAAAACUCAUGAAAUUGCGUCAAUCAAACAACUUGUACCAACUCACAAUCAGCCGCAGACUUUAAUAGAGUUAAAUUCUGACGUAUCAGAAACAGACUCAAUGUCAAUGACACCUUCGACAGUUUUACCUUCCACAUCCGUAAACAAAGAUGAUAAAACGGAUGCUGAAUGCAUCAGGAAAUGUGACUGCACUUCUAAUUGCAAUGACAUUUUGUGUAACAGUAAAAUUAAACAUACAAGUAAUAGUAAACAUAAAUUUAAGUGUCCUGUAAAAAAGUGUCAAAAGUCAUUUCGUACGAAGUACAAAUUGAAAACACAUAUGAGGUCUCAUACCGGUGAAAAACCAUACGACUGCACAUGGGAGAACUGCGGUAAAAAAUUCAGUCAGAAGUGCAAUCUGAAAUUUCACCACCGCUUGCAUACUGGCGGUGAGGUACAUAAGUGCAAAAUAUGUUUUAAAAAGUAUUCGACAAAAGGUAGUUUGAAAAAACACGAAGAACGUAAGCAUAAUAUGCACAAAGGAUCAUGAAAAAGAUAAUAGCAUGCAGACAAAUUUUCAAAUUUUGGAUUUGACAAUGGAAAUAUUCUUGCAGAAAUGUAUAGAUAGAUAGCGUCGUAUAAAGUAUAAAUAAGUUGUACAGAGUAAAUUAAAUAAAAAUAAAGCAAAUAAAAAAAUGCUGUUGAUUUUUCACAUUUAAAAUUCACAAAUUAAAAUAUUCUCGAAUGUUAUAUUCAUAGAGAUAUGUCGGUUAUUAAAAAUUGAUCAAUGAUCCAUUUGAUAGUAGUUGCCUUCACAAUAAUAAAAAAACACUUUAAUACAUUAGAUUUGAGUAAUAUUGAUAUUAAUCCAUAUCUUAUAAUAUGUGCAUAAUAUACACAACUAUGUAUACAUAUUUUUUCCUUCAACUUUUAACUCCAAAAAAAUGCAGUAUAGCUUUUGAAAAAUUAUGCGUAUUAGAUAUACCUCAACUUAUGAC